AAGAGUAAAUAUUUUUUAUUUGCAUUUAAAAUUUUUAAAUCAAUUCAAUUUUUUAAGAACAAAAUCAAAUGACUAUAACUAGCUUCCCAAACAAGCCUUACAAUCCGUCUGCCUCCAUACGGGGUUUUAACUUUAAGCCCAAUUUAGGGAACCACCAAAACCCUAAACCCAAAAUAUUUAUCUCCCAUUUCCACCAAGACUGACCUUUUCUCUGUACUCUGUUCUGUACAUCCAUUGAAGAACCUCCAUAUGCAUGAUUAAAGAAGCCCUACAAUUCUUCGCUCGCCUGCGAAGAACCUCUACAACAAAUUUCCCCAACCCCUACGCUUUCAAUCAGUCUCUUCACGACCUUAUUCGCUCCAACUGUGGAGACCUCUCUCUCAAGCUCCUCCUCCACUUCAUCUCCAAAGGUUUCACUCCUCACCUCUCUUCUUGCAAUUCCAUUAUAUCCCUUUUUUGCAAUCUGGGCAAUCUCAAUUCUGCUCAUAGCUUCUUAAAUUCGAUGCCUUUUUUCGGUUGCUCCCCCGAUAUUGUUAGUUACAAUUCUUUGAUUGAUGGGUAUUGUCGUUCGCGCGAUAUUAAGGGUGCGUGUUCGAUAAUGAGGUGGGUUUGUGGUGGUGGGAAAAUUAAGCCUGAUUUUGUUACAUUUAAUGUUCUGUUUAAUGGGUUUUGUAAGCUUGGAAUGCAAAAAGAAGCAUUUGUGUAUAUGGGUUUGAUGUGGAAAUGUUGUUUGCCUAGUGUUGUUACGUAUGGUAUUUUUAUUGAUAUGUUCUGUAAAAUGGGUAAUUUGCAUAUGGGUUUUAAAGUGUUUAGGGACAUGAGUGGGAAUGGAGUUUUGCCAAAUUUGGUUGUUUUUACUUCUUUGAUUGAUGGGUAUUGUAAGGUUGGUGAUAUGGAAGUUGCAUUUGAGUUGUAUGAGGAAAUGGGUAAAUCAUCGCUUUCGCCAAAUGUGGUUACUUAUACAGCUUUAAUUGAUGGUCUUUGUAAGAAAGGGAUGUUGGGUAACGCUGAUAGUUUGUUUGCAAAGAUGUUGAAAGUUGGGGUUGAACUCAAUUCUGCAGUUUACACUUCGAUUAUAGAUGGGCAGUUUAAGAAAGGAAAUGUAGAUGAUGCUUUGAAGUAUUUGAGUGGAAUGCAAGAUCAAGGGAUCAGUCUUGAUGUAGCGGUAUAUGGGGCUGUUAUAUCUGGCCUCUGUAAUAGAGGUAGGUUAGAUAGAGCAAUAGAAAUUAAGGAAGAUAUGAUGAAGAGUGGAUUGGCACCUGAUAGAAUGAUCUUCACCACACUUAUUGAUGCUUAUUUCAAGGCUGGGAAUUUGAAAGCAGCACUGAAUGAGUACACAGAAUUGUUGGCCAAAGGUUUUGAACCUGAUGUUGUCACUCUUUCAACACUGAUUGAUGGCCUUUGCAAGCAUGGGCAUCUAAAUGAGGCAAAAAAUUAUUUUAGCAAAGAAAAGGCCAACGAAAUUUCAUAUACGGUGCUUAUUGAUGGGAUGUGCAAAGAAGGAAAUUAAGUGAGUUUAGAACAUUUGUUAGGGAAAUGUAGAGGCAGGGUUGUCCCAGACAGGUAUGUCUACACUUCUUGGAUUGCUGAGCUCUGCAAGCAAGGAAACUUGGUGGAAGCAUUCAGGCUGAAGAACAAGAUGACUCAAUCGGGUAUUACUCCUGAUUUGUUGACAUAUAGCUCGCUGAUUUUUGGUUUAGCUGAUAAAGGGUUCAUGAUUGAAGCAAAACAUGUAUUUGAUGAUAUGUUGAAAAGGGGAAUCACUCCUGACUAUGCUGUUUAUGAUAUCUUGAUUAGAGGCUAUGCCAAGCAAGAUAAUGAAGUUGCCAUUUUAUGUUUGCAUGAUGAGAUGAGAAAGAGAGGACUUCACACAAAAGUAAAUAUGGUGGAGGGAAGAAGGCAAUUUAUGGCGGACAGUGUAUAGUGACUUACACCCAAUUAAGUCAGUUCCAUGAGUAAGCAAGACCUUUUCUUGGUUUUCUUUUUCAGUGGUCCUAUUUGAAUUUAGCAGGAACGCUUACGCCCUAUUUCUGAUUAGUGGUCCAUUUUGUUCAUAGUACUGUUCCCCUCCAGGGAAUUUUUGUUACGUUUGCUUGGUGCUGCAACUUUAUGUGUAUUUAAUGCUUCCGCUGUCUCAAGGUUUAUAUGGUGCCUAUCUGCUAGUGAAUUCAUAUGGAUUGUCAUUCUUAGCACAAGUAACAGAUUGGGGCUGUUUCUGAACUGUACAUACAACUCAGUGAAUGCAAGGAUGCAGAAAUGUGUAGCACCUCUUGCUCAAACUUGCAUGUCACUGCACUGCACAUCAGCAUAUACAAUUGUAAAACGAUUGCGAUUUCAUGAGCUGAGCAAUGUGUAAAGGUGCUUGCUGGAUGCAUAUUAGCAGAUGUGUUUGGCAAGAAUGUAGAUUUUGACAUCACCUCCACAAGCCCUUCUAGUGGAGCUGUCAAACCUUCUGUUUGUAAAACCUCAUGUAUUAAUUAAUCAUCAGCAAAUUUAUGUUGGAGACUUGGGCCAAUUUUCUAGUUAGCUAUACUGCAGAGUGCAUGCCACCCCCCGUCUUGCACUUUACCCCUUUUAUAGGUGAUAUACCUUUUGUAGAUGGCAUUUGUAAUAUGAUACUUCGAAUUGAGGAUCAAAAGAACCAAAAGGAGUUCAAUGAUUCAAUCUCAUAAAAACUCGUAACACCUUCUAGGUUUUGUUAUAUUCAGGCCUCGUUUUG